GUGGACGUCGGCGGAUGUCUCAUCGAGCCUCGCGAACGCGUCGCUGACGUGUACGCGCGCACCGCGCGCUCGAUCGGUAUCGAUUACGUAACCAGCGAAACCGCGUCGCACGAUUUCAAAGAGGCUUUCGCCAAGUUUCGCGGCUCGGAUGAACCGAACGCCAUGCGAUACUACGACGACGGGAAAUCGUUUUGGCGUAAAGUCAUCGCGCACGUGUUAUCGCGCGGCGGGGCUCGAGCUUCCGCGGAUGACGCCGUCGUGGAAACGAUGUUGACGAAGCUGUAUGAAUAUUACGAGCACCCGAGCGCGUGGUACGUCGCGCACGGCGCCGUCGACGCCAUCUCCCGACUCCGAAGAUCCGGCGUCAAAGUCGCCGUGGCGUCGAAUUGGGAUUCCAGGUUACCUAAACUUUUGGAAUCCCUCGAUUUGGCGCGACAUUUCGACGCCAUCGUCGUCUCAGCCAUCGAAGGGUGCGAAAAGCCAUCCAAAGAGUUCUUCACGAAGUGUCUCAACGCCGUGGACGUCCCCGCGUCUGCGACUUUACACGUCGGCGACGACGAGCGAAACGACGUCUCCGGCGCCGUCGCCGCCGAUUUCGCGUGCGCCGUCCUGUGG